CUAGAAAAGUCCACAACUGCUGUGAUCGUUCUUUGGGAGUGAAUCAGAGCACUUGACAACAGGCGUUACGCCCUAUAAAUACGUAGAUCAAUAAGAUCAGCCGCAGACCGCUACCAGACUGGCUGAGCAAAUAACGGGUGACUGUGGUGCUCAGUUGAUUUACACAAGUGGAAGGCAUAAACAUUUUUAGCGGAGAUGAAGCUCACCGGGUCCAUCCUGCUUUUGUGUCUUCUUUGUUCCUUUGCCCACAGUUUGAUUAAUCUUUCAUCUCAAGAUCUCAAAUUAAUAUCCUUACAAGGACAGAAACAUAUAGAUAAAGAAAUUGAUGAUGCAAUAGAAGGAGUUAAACAAAUGAAGACCUUGAUGGAAAAGUCUGAAAAACAACACAAAGCCUAUUUAAAAAAAUUAGACAAAACCAAACAACAGAAAGAGGAGGCUAUAAAGGUUGCUGAAGAGAUAGAGGUAAAACUAAAUGAAGCACAGAAGGUUUGCAAUGAAUCAAUCCAGGCCUUGUGGGAGGAAUGUAAACCAUGCCUGAAACAGAGCUGUAUAAGAUAUUAUUCAAGGACCUGCAGCAGUGCAUCUGGUGCAGUUGGAAGACGUCUGGAAGAGUACCUCAACAAGACAUCUCCCAUAUCUAUUUGGAUUAAUGGUGAAAAAUUAGACUCCCUUCUAGAAACAGACAAAAAACAGGAAAAGCAGUUUGAAGACCUAGAAGAGCAUUAUGCAGAAAUUGCAGAUGGAGUGGAUAGUAUCUUCCAAGACAGUGAGAAGGUGUUUGACCACAUACAUUCUCCUUUCCGGUAUCGCAUGAACUUUGGCUAUCCCAUGACCACCCCACUCAUGUCUCACAGGAUGAUGCCAUUCUACCAAAUGAACCAUCCCGACAUCAGAUCCCAUUUCUUUGGACAUGGAUUUCAUGAUAUGUUCAAGCCAAUGUUCGACAUGGUCCAAAGGAUGUUCGAUUCAGUUUCUCAAAUCACAGAGAAAGAGUUUGACUUAAUGGAUCCUUUUCCAACAGAUGGCUCUGUCAAUGAAGAUGUCAUUAUAUCUCGACCAAAUGGAAACAAUCAAAUGACAUGCCGAGAAAUUCGUCGAAAUUCAGCUGGCUGCCUUAACCUCAAGGAAGAAUGUGAAAAGUGCAAGGCGAUUCAGUCCAUAGAUUGCUCAGGGAAAAAACCUUUGCAAGGUCCCCUCAAGGAAGAGUUUGAAAAUUCUUUAGCCAUAAUGGAAAAACUCACUAAAGAGUAUGAUGAGAUGCUGAAGAAGUUCCAGCAGGAAAUUCUGAACACCACUGAUAUAAUGAAAAGGCUCAAUGAACAAUUUGGAUGGGUGUCUACACUUGUCAAUGCAACUGACAGGCAGGAUGGAUUUUUUCAGAUUACAACAGUGAUGUCAAGAAACAGCCAAAAUCCAAAUGAACCUGGAGACACUACAGUGACUACUAAGUUCUUUGACUUACCAGAAAUGACCUUUACAGUACCAAAGGACAUUCCUUGGGAUGAUCCCAAGUUCUCAGAAAUAAUUGCAAAAGAAGCUGUGGAAUACUACAAGAAAAAUGUACUAAUUGUCAAAUAAAAUGAGAAGAGAUUUGCCAGAAGCAAAGCCAUAUACUCACAAAAGAAAUGAUCAAGAACAUUUACAUUGCACUUCUGGAGAGCAGUGCCUGAAGGACUAGCAUUACUAUAAAUGUGUAAUUAUGCACCUGCACUAACUUAGAAUCCAAGAUAGCACAAUGAAGAGCAUCAUAAAAUCCUUCCAUUACAUUAAACAACCUUUAAGCUGUU